AUGCCUCCAAGAUCGCUAUCAUUACGUAGCUCACCUAGUGUGAUGGGCUGGAGUGAUGAUUAUUCGCUCUCUUCCGCUAGUUUCGAUGUGAAUGCAAAGAACAAUAAAGUGCGUCUGCCGCUGACUAAAUCGGUGAAAUUUUCAGAAUGCAAUGAGACUUUCGAGGUCACCCAUUUAGACGACAUGACAAAUAAGGAGGUCGCUGACACCUGGUACGAUGCCAAGGAAUACAGUGCCAUUAAAGCUGGCUAUCAAUAUACAAUUUUUCUGAUGGAAGCUGGCGAAAAGAUUCCGCAAGACGACCCCGAUAACACGACAAGAGGACUGGAAUACCGAACGCAAGAAGGAGCCUGGGCUCGAUAUGAAAAUAAACGCGACGCAUACAAUGCCGUUUUAGACGAACAGGAUCGACAGUGGAAAGUCGACAAGGACGACGAACAAAGAAUUAGAAAAAUUUACUUGGAUCAUUCCACCAAGUGUGCAGAUGCGGCAGUUGUAAGAGGAGUAAAAGACGAAAGGGAAGCUAUCAGGCUUCACGCAGAGGAACGCGCCCGACUUCAAGCGGCAGUCAAGCGAGCAGCAGAGCGAAGAGCAAAAAAACUGGCGGAAAAGAAAAAGCUGAAGAAAUUGCUGUCGGAAAGCAAAUCCAUUGCCGAUGAGACGAAGUCAGUCACGUCAAAAAAAUCUAAGGUGUCGUCUGAAACAAAAAUGAAAUCCACCGUAAUGCCAGAGAAGAAAGAAAAGAAACUCAAGUCCGCAUUGAGUUCUUCUUCCUUAGGAGAUAGGAAGAUGAAAGGAACAACAAGCUUGAGAAAGAAACUGGAAAGGGCAGAAGCUCAGCAAUGA